AUGUACAGCUCACACGCUGUACAUUACCUGGCGGCGCUGAUAGCGGUGGCGGUCGGCAACCAGAUGCUGGAUGACUGCUUGGCGUCGAGGCGUAACUACACCAUGAACGUUGUCCUGCUGGAGGACAACACUUACAAAUGGAGCCUCAGUCUGGUGCAGGCGGCUGUGGAGCGAGCAAUCGAACAGGAUAAGCAGGAGAACAUUAAGCAUGGUUUAAACUUCACUCUGACGGCGAACUACAACGGGUUCAACACCACUUUCUACAACCGGCAGGGCUGUGGGAGCAGCAGCUGUGAAGGUGUGGAAAUCCUGAAGAAGCUAUAUGAUAGAGGUGAGGUUGGAUGUGUCAUGUUGGGGCCUUCCUGCACUUUUGCCACCCAUCACCUAGUCGAUCAUGAGAUCGGCUUGAUCCUGACCAUUCCCAUCAUCUCUGCUGGGAGCUUCGGCCUCUCCUGCAAUUACAAGCCCAAACUAACCCGAAUUCUGCCUCCGGCGCGAAAGGUCUCCGAUUUUUUUGUCCACUUUAUGAACGAAGCCCUGCCGUUUAAGGAUGUCUGGAGGAGAACCUAUGUCUACAGGAAGACUGAAAAUUACACUGAGGACUGCUUCUGGUACAUGAACGCACUUGAGGCAGCCUCUGAAAACUUUGCCUUAAACGUGAGCAGAGAGCGGCUGCUUACAGAGGGCCAACUGACCGAUGCCCUCACGUCUGAUAAAAGACACAGCAACAUUUUCAUCCUAUGUGGGAACGCCGAUGACAUCGUUUCAAUCAAGGCGAAGGCUGGCCCGAUCGACGAGGACAUCGUGCUCAUUCUCCUCGAUGUUUACAAUCCUGAGUACUACAUCAACACAACAUCCCCUAAGAGCAUGGAAAACGUCCUCGUGGUCACUCUGCCAAAGAGGAACCAAGACUACGCAUCAAAUUCGACAUUCAAUGACACGAUCAACGACUACGUGGCCGGAUACUAUGAUGGAACUCUGCUGUUCGGCAAAGUGCUCAGAGAGCGGAUGCUCAGCAAGAUAUAUAACACGAGAUCUGAUGACGUGCCUCUGAGUGAAAACCCUUUUGGAAACACGUCUUUUGAGGGUAUAGGAGGACACUAUGAGCUCGAUGAGUACGGUGACAGAGAUGUCAACUUCUCCAUAAUUUACACAUCAGCUACCACUAAGAAGUAUGAAACCCUGUUAGUGUUUGACACAUCAAAAAAUGCCACCAUCAUAAUUGAGGCGAACCCGCCGCUGCUUUGGAAAAACGGCCGACUGCCUGGUGACCGGCCAGAAGGCUCGACCAGCUUGAGUACGCACGACGUGAUUGUGACUGUUCUGAGCAUCAGCGUUGUGGUGGUGACAGCCAUCGCUCUCAUCUUCUACAGGCAGAACAGGAAAGAACGUCUGAUACAGAAGAAGUGGUCUCACAUUGACUCUCACCUGAUCAGUCCUCUGGAUGAGAGGGAGGUCUCUCUGAAGAUUGAAGAUGAUAAGAGGAAGGACAGUACGUACUUCAGUCAUCGAGGCCGCUACGACAAGAAGCCUGUAAUCUUAAAAGAGCUGAAGCACACAGAUGGAGACUUCAGCGAGGAGCAAAGAAUUGAACUCAACACUCUGCUGUAUAUCGAUUACUACAACCUGACCAAGUUUUACGGCACGGUGAAGUUCGAGUACGGUGUGUUUGGGGUGUUUGAGCUGUGCCAGAGGGGCUCCCUCAGGUACAUUCUGAAUGACAGGAUCUCCUACCCAGACGAAACAUUCAUGGACAUGGAGUUUAAGAUAUCAGUCAUGUAUGACAUAGCAAAGGGCAUGUCGUAUCUCCACUCCAGCAGCAUCGCGGUCCACGGUCGCCUCAAGUCCACCAACUGCGUCGUCGACAACCGCAUGGUGGUCAAGAUCACCGACUUCGGCUGCCACACGCUCCUGGGGCCGGGCAGAGAUGUGUGGACUGCCCCGGAGCACCUGCGUAAAAAUGGAGUAUCUCAGAAAGGCGACGUCUACAGCUAUGCCAUCAUCUCCAAUGAGAUCGUGAUGAGGCGAGCCCCGUUCUACACUCAGUUUUGCUCCAACACUGCAGAGAAGAUCUACAGAGUGCAGUAUCCGAGUUCGACUGUCUUCAGGCCCGACCUCAACUUUGAUGGAGCAUCAGAGAGAGAGAUUGAGCUAUACAUGCUAAUAAAGAACUGCUGGGACGAAGACCCAGAGCGGAGGCCGGAUUUUAAGAGAAUAGAGUUAACGCUGGGAAAGAUUUUCCGUAACCUGCACAACCAAGACACGGAGACGUACAUGGACAACCUGAUCCGCCGUCUGCAGAUGUACUCCAAGACUCUGGAGAAUCUGGUGGAGGAGAGAACUUCUCUGUACAAAGCUGAGCGGGACAGAGCAGAUCGCCUCAACUUCAUGCUACUUCCUGGCCCAGUGGUGCGUUCCCUGAAGGAGACGGGCAGGGUGGAGCCAGAGCUGUUUGAGGAGGUGACCAUCUACUUCAGCGACAUCGUGGGCUUCACCACCCUCUGCCACUACAGCACCCCCAUGGAGGUGGUCGACAUGCUCAACGACAUCUACAAGAACUUCGACAGCAUCCUCGAUAACCACGACGUCUACAAGGUUGAAACGAUAGGAGACGCCUACAUGGUGGCGUCAGGUUUGCCCAAACGCAACGGCAACAGGCACGCGGUGGACAUUGCCCACAUGGCCCUGGACAUCCUUGCAUUUGUAGGGACUUUUGAGCUGCAGCACCUGCCUGGGAUCCCUCUGUGGAUCCGCAUUGGGAUGCAUUCAGGACCCUGUGCAGCAGGCGUGGUGGGAAAGAAAAUGCCUCGCUACUGUCUUUUCGGGGAUACGGUCAACACCGCCUCACGCAUGGAGUCCACAGGCCUGCCUCUGAGAAUUCACGUGAGCCAGUCCACCAUCAACAUCCUGCAGAGGACAGACUGCAAGUUCAAAUAUGAACAGAGAGGAGAGACGUACCUGAAGGGUAAAGGCAAAGAGAUGACGUACUGGUUAACAGGGGUGACCGGCAGAAAAUACAACCUGUCCACGCCACCGACAGCGGAGAACUUCCAGCGGCUCCAGCAGGACCUGGCGGAGAUGAUCGUGUCCAGUCUGGAGAAACGUCGUGACGGCAGAGAGUGCUUCGAAAAGAGGAAGACCUUGUCCACCAAAGUGCGUUGGAGAGACACCAUCAGCAGCCUGCCAAAGGACGGUCCGCCCGAGUACUUCCACCUGGCCGUGGCUGACGACCCCAGCACCUACCUGUGA